AUGCGUAUUAUCUUUCGGCACAAAAACAAGAAGUGGGAGACCGGCAGCUUGAAGACCGGGUUUCUGCAUGACAUAGCUCCUCGCUGGUUUCCUCCAAAUGCUCUUCUACAGGUGACGUUUCGCAUGAACGAUGGGAAGGUCUACCUCGAAAGCUAUCCAAAGUCCAUGUAUUUUAAGCCCGUCAAUGGCACGUGGAGCCGUAUAUCCACGGACAGCUUUGCAUUUAAACCUCCAUUUAGCAUCUCGGCAAGCCAGCGUGGCACAUACACUGUAGCGUUUUAUUUAGAUAAGCACGAGCGAGACGUAUCGCAGCACACUCACCUGUCAGUAUCUGGUAAUAAUUGGCAGCCCUCUGCACGUUUUUCUACAGCGGACGCGGAUCCUGUUGGCGUCCGGCACGAAGAGUUUGCUACCGUAUCUUCCGCAAUCAUUAGCAUCAAGGACGCCAAUCAGGCAAGCAUGUGUCUCUCCGAUUUAUCCAAGACAGUCCUGGAGCAGCCCUCCGUUAGCAAAGUCCUGGCCUCUGCUCGGUUUCGGAUGCACCCUAGCUUCAUUCUAAGACAGAACCCCUUCACACCAACAGCACAGGAGAACUCCUUUUCAUCUGUUCUCGAUGAGUCUAGCUUGUCACUGACUGUUUUGCAGCCCAAGUGCGACACCCUCUACAUUCUUACCACGUGCCAGGACACCUCAGAAUUGGAUGAGAUACUUCCGCGACUGCUUGGAGGCACAAAUGCAUCAACUGCGGGGUCGACUGGCUGGUAUGGAGACUCCCUAAAGGGUAAGUACGUUCUGAUCCGGCGGCUCUUCGAUUUGUUUGCACAGCUUGCAUAUAACUGGAGUCUAGUGAUGGCCAACAGAGACGCGAUGUUGUGUUUGGUGGAUGCCGUGGAGCUCUGGAUAAGCCCUAUUGUGAUCUUUGCUCUUCUCACAAAUAUACCUAUAUACACGCUGAAGGAAUAUGCGGGCCUUCUCUCUCGUUGCCAAGAUGUGGGGAAAGCAUUGAACCAGGCAUGCGAUGAGGUGACGUCCUCGAUUACCCUACCUUACGUUGGCGACCUUCAAGCCAUCACUCUAAAUAGCUCUCUUAGCCAAACUCUUUUGCCUUCCCGCGAAUCGUUGCUUAAGGCAUCGGCUAAUACAUUUUACUCCACUACCCACUCUGGAGAUAGGCCAUCUCUUCCCCAAACGUUCUUCCUGCCAGAGAUAGAAACCACAUUGUUUGCCAACGCAAACGAGCUCUUAACUCUGCCGCCUCAGACGUGUCUGACAGACAUCCAAGAGGCAAUCCUUAAGUAUCUGGACUGGUCACUAGCUUUGACGGCCAACCGAUACACUGUAUGGGUGCGACUAACUCUAAAUAGUAGUGUCUACAAUCGACUCAGUCACGAAAUUGACCAGAUCUUCUGCGUGUCUCAUUGUCUGACCUCUACGGAUAUGAUUAGCGACUGUAGCAUUAUCCUCAAUUUGGACAGUGAUGAUACUAGAGGAGCAGAGUUCACUAUUCAGAACCUCUGUGAACUAUUCCUUCGCGGACCACAUGCGGCAAAGUACGAGGAAUCCGCUACAAAGACCUAG